GGGUGACAGCCCUUGGCCGGAUAAAAUCCGGGUCAACUCCGGUGCGUAGAACCGGCUGUCGUGAGAGUUGAUGGAAUUUGGUAAAAGUGGACUAUGCCUAGUAACAUUUUUAACAUUUAUAUAAUUGUCUGCGUUAUCAACCUUAAGUUGAAGACGUUGCUUAACUAUUUUCAUUUUAUUUUCUACACUUUCAUUAAUCUUAAGAUGAAGACGUUCCUUAACUACUUUCAUUUUGUUUACAAGACUUUCAGCAAUAUAAACUAUUACUUUUAUAAUAAAGACAUCAUUUAAAUAUUACUCACCCACACACAACCAUAUUAUUAUUAUUAAAGAAAAAUCACCUAAUGGGUCUAAUACAUAAAAAGAUUGGUCAGGGUUUUGUAAAUACUUUGAUUAAUUCUUUGCCUAUACCCGGAUAUCAAUUUUGUGGUCCUGGAACAAAACUCAGACAACGGUUAGGAAGAGGAGAUAAAGGUAUAAAUCCUUUAGAUGCAUCAAUACGCUUAACAAGCCGCAGAAGCCUUAAAAAUUUCACAAGAUGCUAUAAAGUCUAGUUUUAAAAAUAAACAAAUUAACAUACCGAGAAUAAUUCCAGUCCCAAAAAUAUUGGAAUAUUACCAAUCCUUCCUGUUUUAAUGGCGUUUGGCGCACUUGGUGGUAUAGCAUCUGGUGGAUCAGCUAUAGCAAAAGUUUUGAAUGAUAUCAAGAAUGGAAAAAGCAAUUGGCUGAGGCUACUCGCCAUAAUAGAUGUAUGGAAUCUAUCGCUAUGGGGAAAGGUUUAUUCCUUAAGGCAUAUAAUAUGAUAUGGUUUAUUGUUACGACCCUAUCCAAAAAACUAAUAAAAAAGCUACCCAAAAGACCAUUAACAGAUGUUCAUUCAAUGAAAUAUUGCAAACAUCUGAAACAUUUCUGGGGAAUUUUUAUGCGAAAUUCUUUACUGAAUAAGCCUAAUAUCAGAAAAAUGUGGAAUUCUUAAUUUAGAUGAUGCUGAUGGUCCUGGUACUCAUUGGGUAGCAUACUAUAAAAACAAAAACUAUAAAGAAUAUAUUGCUAGUUUUGGAAAUUUGCAACCACCGGUAGAACUCAUUAAUUACCAGAAACAAAAAUAUGUGGGCAAUUAUGUUUAAAAUUUUUAUUUAAUAAGAACUGAAUAAUGUAAAAUAAAUUUUUUUUUCUUUAUUUUCUUUUUUUGUAUUACAAUAAUAAAGUACUACUAUACGAUAUUUAUUGUACGCUCUAUUGUUAUACCAUGCAGAGGAUGGAAACAAGUAGCCUUAUCUUUUUAAAUGUAUAUAUGGUGUGUAUAUCGGUAUUUAUUUUACGCAGCGGAUAUUAUAAUUUGCAAACCAGCAGUUUUGCACUACUAGUAUAAUAAAAAAAGAAGAAAAUGUCUUUCCCUAAAGAUCUAGAACAGUUUUAAGAAUAUAUAAUGAAUCAAUUGAUAAUGAACAUCAAAUAUUUUUUUAUUCUACAAUAAAUGAAUUCCGAUCAUGUUUAACGGAGCCAUUCAUAUAUUCACAAAAUUGAUUACACCUUGAACACGGAAAUAGUAAAUACAUGUAAUUGUAUUUCGCCUUAUUCCCGAUAUAAAACAUUGAAAAAAAAUUAUAAUAUAAAUAUAUGUAAUAUUUAAGAAGCCUAGAUGGUUGUAAUCAGCUCCGAGAAAAUGAAACAAAAAGAUAUAAAUAUGAAUUUUAUUUUAUAAUAGUCUAAUUGUAAUAACAUAUUUAACGGAAACACAUUAACGUGGAACAAUGGAUUCUAACAAUUAUUUGAACUUUGAUAGUGAACAACAAAUGUCAAAUGUUGCGUUCGAUCAAGAUGAAUGCGAUAAGAUGCUAAAAAGAUUCGAUGAGGAAAUUCAAAAUUUAGAAAUGACCGCUCAACCCCAACAAGGAACAACAGAAACCGCUCAAUCCCUUGAAGAUAUAACAUUUAAUAAGCAACUUCCAACAUUAGAAGAACCAACUCAACCGCUACAAGGUACAACUGAAGUGAAGACAAUACAAGCUGAAGGUUCUAUACAAAAAACCGCCUAUCAAAAAGCUAACACUCAAAAUAUAAAUAAGUGUAUUGAUCUUUGUAAGCCAACACUAUCAGUUGUUCCUGUAAAUGGGAUUAUAGACACUAAAAGGUUAUUAAGUGUUGGAAAAAUUACUAUUGGACAAGCCCCCUCAUUUGAAUGGAUUGAUGAUGAUUUGAACUGCUCUACAACUUCAACAGAAAAUAAUGAUAUUAGCUGUGAUGUUGAAUGGAUCCGUGAAGACAAAUUUCUUAAACAACUUUUAGGAAUUGUUUAUAAAUAUAAAGGUGUUGGUGGUUGUGCCCAUACUAAGCACUUGGAAUAAAAUUUAUAUGCAUUCAUUGAA